AUGCCUGUACAAUUGGUUGCUGUGCAUAACUUUUCAAAAACGCUUGUCACAGAAGUGGAUUGUCAAAAGUAUACACAGGUUAUUCCAAAACUUGGAGAGACAGUAACUGGAUCAAGUUUCCUCCUCGGCUACGGAGGGAAAGGAGCAAAUCAAUGCGUCGCAUCGAAACUAUUGGGAUGUAACACAGCACUUGUUGGAAAAGUUGGUGAAGACUAUUUUGGAGAUAUUUUUCUUGAACAUUUAAAGCAACUUGGUGUAAACACUGAUGGUGUAACAAAAUCUCCAAAAUGCAGUACUGGUGUUGCAUCAAUUACUGUUGAUACGGGAACAGGUGAAAAUCAGAUAAUUAUUGUCCCUGGUGCAAAUAUGCUUAUAACAGAUAGUGAUAUUAAUCGUGCAAAUCAACAGUAUAUGAUUUUUAAUACAAAAGUGAUAGUAUGUCAGUUCGAAAUUAAUCCUGUGGCAACACUUCAUAGUUUACGAUAUGGCCGAACUAAUGGAGUGAAAACAAUUCUUAAUCCUGCACCUGCUCCAGUACCGUCUGAAAACAAUGAAUUGGGAAAUUAUGAAUUACUAGAUAUGAUAUUAUCAAAUUCAGAUUUUGUAUGCCUAAACGAAUGCGAAUUCUGUUCCAUAACUGGAUCUGAUCUUGAAUCACUUCCUCCAGAAAAUGAGCAGAUCACUUCGUCGAAUGUGCAUACCUUCAUCCCCGGUCUCAUCUAUCUUAUUGAGAAAAAAGUCAGAUGGCCGAUAGUAACACUAGGAAGUAAAGGAGCUAUCGCUGUUCUUUAUGCAGAAGAUAUGGUGGGUAUGCAAAACAACGAUGUAAGUGUAGUGGCACAUGUAUCUUUAGGAAAUGAAGAAAAGCUAAUCGUACACUUGGCAUCUCCCAAAAUUGAUGAUGUCACUGAUACAACAGUAAGUCAAGUUGUAUUUUUCAAAUAUAAAGUCGAUAAAACGUGAUUAUGUAAAACCAGGGCGGUGGUCAUUCAGGUGAUAGACUAGUUCACUAACGCGUGAAACUAAGACGUAACUUAAAUUCAUAUAUCUGUAAGAAAUGCUGAGAAGUGGAGGGGAUUUACAAAGUCCUCCAGGAGAAAACAAUAAUUUAAACUGUUAGAUCUCGUAACCAACCAGCAUCAGUUAGCAAUCAUUGGAAACCAGUGGACAUCUCUGUCAUCCUAGCUUGAGAAUCUUUGCCAGUGUGCACCCACAGCUAAACUAGGACAAAACAAGCUGUCCAGUAGUGAUCUGUGGUUCUCAAUGACCUCACACUGAUAUUGGUUCGUGACGAAAUUUAACAAUGGAAGUUUAUCCGAAUCUCAUAAACUUAAACAUCAGUCUCCAGCCUAUUGAUGGCUACUGGGUGUAGAUGCCUUGAAACUGUGCUGAGAAGUCGCGACCUAUGGGGUCCACCAUGUUAAGGUGAAACAGAUGCUCAUGGAAGCGCUGUAUCACGAACUGACUAAAAUUAGAAUCCAGAGGUCAUUGAACUCUCACUCAAGUGGCUGAAUAGUCAACGAGCUUGGCCUUGUAACCUGAUUGUUCCAGGCUCGAUCACCAGCAGAGUCGUGGGUGCGCAACACUGAUGAGUGCCAAACCAAGACGAAACGACUGUCGAUUGCUACAUGGUUUCCGGCGAUCCCUCUAACUGAUGUUGAUUUGUGAGGAAAUCUAACAGGUGAAAUCGAAUAAAGUAAGAAUAACAAUUUAUGCAGAAUAAGAUGGCUCCAUCAUUCAUUUCGUUGGCUCCUCUUCAGCUACUUACAGUCUAAAGAUAUUAUAUGAAAUUGGUCCAAAUCUCCAUAAAUCCCAUAAUUUUAAUACUAAAACGUUACACAGAUAUAUGAAAACAAACUCCAUGCAGAGCUAUCACUUCACAAGAGUGAUAACUGUAACCAACAAACGCUGUUUAUUCUAUCAAUAACAUGGUUACCUCCAUUGAAAACUAAGAGGAAUCCGACGCAAUUAUAAUUUUAUCACAAAAGCGGAGCUACAUAAAACGGCAUCAGGAAAAAUGAGUAUUAUUGGGUGGCAUUGUCACUCUAUAAACUUCACUUUACAUUAUAUCGGUUUACAACAAAUGUGAAACGCCACUCACUGUGUUGGGUACGUUAAAACUAAAUGUAAGAUUGUUUUCCAGCUUAGUACUCAAGUUAUAACCUCAGUACGGAGUUCAUUUCGUUUGACCUUAACAAAUAAUUUGUGUAUAUACUUAUAUCUAAAUCAAUUACUUUACUGUUCAGGGUGCUGGUGAUUGCUUUGUUGGC